GGAGCGGCGGCAGCGGCGGCACCAUGGCCUCCGAGAGCGAGGCGCAGCGAGCGCUGCAGUAUGAGCAGACACUGAUGUAUGGGCGUUACACGCAGGACUUGGGCACCUUCGCCAAGGAUGAGGCAGCCCGGCUGCGGCUGCAGGAGGGGGACACGCCCCGGCCCCGCCGCCCCUCCGAGCUGCUGGAGUACACCCAGGGCCGCUGUGCCCCCUGUCGUGUCUGCGCCUUGCAGUGCCAGCGGUUCCUCAUCUCCAAGGUGGGCGAGGACUGGGUCUUCCUCAUACUGCUGGGACUGGUCAUGGCACUGGUCAGCUGGGCCAUGGAUUUCGCCAUUGCCACAUGCCUCCAAGCUCAGAAGUGGAUGUACGGGGGCCUGGACACCAACGUGCUGCUGCAGUACAUGGCCUGGGUCACGUACCCCACUGUGCUCAUCACCUUCUCAGCUGGCUUCACCCAGAUCCUUGCCCCCCAGGCCGUGGGCUCUGGGAUCCCUGAGAUGAAGACAAUCCUGCGGGGUGUUGUGCUGAAGGAGUACCUCACCCUCAAGACUUUUGUGGCUAAGGUGAUCGGACUGACAUGUGCCCUGGGCAGUGGCAUGCCCCUGGGCAAGGAGGGUCCAUUUGUCCACAUCGCCAGCAUGUGCGCAGCCCUGCUCAGCCGCUUCCUCUCCCUCUUUGGGGGCUUCUAUGAGAAUGAGGCAAGAAACAUUGAAAUGCUGGCAGCUGCCUGCGCUGUUGGUGUUGGCUGCUGCUUCGCCGCCCCCAUCGGAGGCGUCCUGUUCAGCAUCGAGGUCACCUCCACCUUCUUUGCCGUCCGCAACUACUGGCGCGGCUUCUUCGCUGCCACCUUCAGUGCCUUCAUCUUCCGUGUCCUUGCUGUCUGGAACAAGGAUGAAGAGACAAUCACGGCACUGUUCAAAACCCGCUUCCGCCUCGACUUCCCCUUCGACCUGCAGGAGCUGCCUGCCUUUGCUGUCAUCGGGAUCGCCAGCGGCUUCGGGGGCGCACUCUUUGUCUACCUCAACCGCAAGAUUGUGCAGUUCAUGCGCCGCCAGAAGACCAUCAACCGCUUCCUCAUGAAGAAGCGCCUGCUCUUCCCUGCCCUGGUGACGCUGAUCAUCUCCACGCUGACCUUCCCACCUGGCUUUGGACAGUUCAUGGCUGGCCAGCUCACCCAGAAGGACACCUUGGUGACACUCUUUGACAACCAGACAUGGGCCAAGCAGGGAAUCAGUGAUGAGUUCGAAUACUUGGGCAUCCUGGAGGCCUGGCGCCAUCCCCGCUCCAACGUCUUCGUCACACUUGUUGUCUUCAUCCUCAUGAAGUUCUGGAUGUCAGCUUUGGCCACUACCAUCCCAGUGCCCUGUGGAGCCUUCAUGCCCGUCUUCGUCAUUGGGGCAGCCUUUGGGCGCCUGGUGGGGGAGAGCAUGGCAGCCUGGUUCCCUGAUGGCAUCCACACGGACAGCAACAUCUACCGCAUCGUGCCAGGGGGCUACGCCGUGGUGGGGGCAGCUGCGCUGUCAGGUGCUGUCACCCACACGGUGUCCACGGCCGUCAUCGUCUUCGAGCUGACGGGGCAGAUCUCGCACAUCCUGCCUGUCAUGAUCGCUGUCAUCCUGGCCAAUGCUGUCGCCCAGAGCCUCCAGCCCUCCCUCUACGACAGCAUCAUCCGUAUCAAGAAGCUUCCCUACCUCCCUGAGCUGGGAUGGGGCCACCACGAGAAAUACAACGUGCGGGUGGAGGACAUCAUGGUGCGGGAUAUCCGCUACGUCACCCUCAACUGCAAGUACCGGGACCUGCAGCAGGUCCUGCACAGCACCAAGAUGAAGAACCUGCCACUGGUGGAGUCAGCUGAGUCCAUGAUCCUGCUGGGCUCCAUUGAGCGGACGCAGGUGGGGGCCCUGCUCAGCAGCCAGCUCAGUCCCCAGCGCCGGCUCCUGGCACUGCGGCAGAAGGUGCUGUCCGAGGAUGGGCACCGGCUCUCCGAUUCCAGCAUCCGCUUCCAGAUCAGCACAGAGACCUCCUCGGGCACCCCUGCCCGCCCCGCACUCCGCAAGCCCCUGAAGCCGGCACUGAAGCGGGUGCCCAGCAGCCCAGCCGACGGCCCCCCAGCUGGCAGCGCUGACCACAGUGGCAUUGCCCUCAAGAACCUCUUCUGUGCCAACGCCGCUACAGAGCCAACCGAGGAGGAGAUGAUUCUGGGUGACAAGAUGACCCCAGCAGAGAUCCUGGAGUGGGAAGAACAGCAGCUGGACCAGCUGGUGGACUUCAGCAGUGCCAAGAUCGACCCUGCGCCCUUCCAGCUGGUGGAGCACACCUCGCUGCACAAGACCCACACCAUCUUCUCUCUGCUGGGCCUGGACCAUGCAUUCGUCACCAGCAUUGGGCGGCUGGUGGGCAUGGUGUCCCUCAAGGAGCUCCGGAAGGCUAUCGAGGGCUCGCUGACAGGCAAGGGGGUGAAGGUGCGCCCGCCACUCGCCAGCUUCCGUGACAGCACCGCCAGCACCACUGAGGCCGACACCACCGCCCUGCGCCAGCUCUGGGAUCGCCACCAGCACCACCACAUGCCCCGCGAGGCUGGUCCUGGGGGCGAUGAUGAUGACGACACCCCCAGGGGCCAGUGAGACCCUUGAGAUCCACCCCCACCGUGUCCCCAGAAACCACAAGGGCUCCCUGGCUGGUGCUGGGGGAUGCCCACCCUGAGCCCACUGAUGCCAGGCUCAGCACAGGAGUGGGCACUGUCAGUCCAGUGCCUCUGCCCCCUUGCUGGGCUGGGGACCAGCCAAAUGUCCCUCAGCCAGCCCCUACUCCCCAACUACCUGCCAGCUCUUGGGGCUUCCCACUUUGCUACCUCUGUACCCCCGAGCCCCUGGUGCCCCCAGAAUGGCCACUGCCCUCACACCUUCCAUGAGCACCACAAUGUCCCUUCUUGGGGUGGCAGGGGCAGAGAGGGGCAUCAGGUUGGGGUGUCCACAGGAACAUGGGUGGGCAUUGCCUCCUGUGCUCAGCACCU